AUGUCGAAUUUUAAAAUCGAUGAGCAAUGUACAUUAAUCAAAGACUAUGGCUCGAACAUAAGUAUCGAACAAUUGAAAAUGUCUUUUACCGUAUGUCAUUCGGUAUUAGAGCAAAUCAACAAUGUCAACAUGAAAAAUAUGUUUAUCGACCGAAUUAUUCGUUCAUUAGCAAGUGUACCUUAUCGAAAUAAGAAAUUAGCUGAUCAUGAACUGAUUCAACAUGAAUUACUUAUCUUAAUACGUAACAAUGGAAUCAUUGAUCCUUUACAUCGGAGAGAAACUUCUGAUUCUCAAACAGAAAAUCUAUUACUGGACACAUCAACGCUAUUUGUACAUUUAUCUUCGCAUAUUGACGAUACGAACAUCGCUGCCUUCAAACAUCUCUUCCUACAAAAAGUCUUAAUCGAUGAACUUACACAUUGUCUGAAAGACGUCGCUAUGCAUAGCCAUUAUUUAACCACAAACUCCUCACUACUCCGUUCGGUUGGUUUUCUUUUGGUGAUUUUCAAACAUUUUCACGAUAAUCCAUUGAAUAAGAAAGAAUAUGCUUUAAUUCUUCCAAUAUUCUUUUCGGUUGGUCAAUGUUUAUGCUCGUCACGUGCUGUUCAAACGAUUCGAAGUUUAGAAUCGAAUUUCGUUCAGAAACUUGACGAUGAACAAGCCUUACUUUUGAGCACAAUGCCAUGGUAUUUACAAUGGUACUCUGGCUAUCGGGAAACGAAGCAUCUUCUUAAAGUUCAUCGAACUUUAUUGACUGAAUUCACUCAAUGGCUGAUCAACUGCCAUCCGGAUUCUUAUCGGCAUUGUUCUUCAAAAUUCGCAACUGUGCUUCGUCAUAUCAGCUAUUUUCUCGUCCGUCCGAUUGAAUCAGAUCAUAUCAAUCUGUUCAGUAAUGAAUUUUUCCAUCAAUACAGUCAACUUGUCUCCUAUUGGUCAACGGUUCUAGCAUCGACAUUAGCCUAUUCGUCGGAUGAAUUAAAUACGAAAUUCAGCGCUUCGAUUAUCAUUCAAAACAUCUACAAUUUGAGUUUACAUCGAAAUGUUUUGAACUUCAUGAAAACAAUUCCGAAUUUAAUCGCCAUGCUCUUGAAACUCACCGAUGUGAAUAACGACGAGAUCCAGUUGAAUGCUUAUCGUUGUCUAGGAAAGCUCAUGGAUGAGACCGACAUUAAAACAAUGACCAAUCCAGAACAACUCGUACAUGUCCACGUGGAGUUUUUAGUCAAAUCAAUCGAUGAUCCGCACAAAACCGAACGUUUUUCUAGUUUAUUGGAAAGCUUGAAAAAUUUUGUUCAGCACGAUCAAGUGAAAAUCGAAUUUAUCAAACAGAAUGCUUUAUCAUUAUUAAUUCAAUGCGUUCGAGAUGAUCGAUUCGAUCCGAUCAAAGUGCGACAGAUUGCUUUAGAAAUUCUUGUUGCACUUUCGUUCGAUAACAACGCGUGUCUAGUGCUGAAAUAUAAUGAUCAGUUCAUCGAUCAGAUUCGUUCGCUCGCUAACAAUAACCAAUCGAGUUUACAACGAGCGGCUGAAGGACUUCUUUGGAAAUUGGAAAAAGAAGAAGAAGCAUUUACGAAUACAAACAAAUUCAAUUCAUAUAAGUAUGACAUUAUGAUCAGUUAUUCUCAUAGAGAUCAACAUAUAUGCCAUCGAAUUCAUGAGCAACUAACACUAGAUGGCUUUCGUGUUUGGUUCGAUCGAGAUUGUCUGCGAGGAUCGACCAUGAUGGGCAUGGCGGAUGCUAUCGAAAAUUCGGAAUGUGUUUUGAUUUGUAUGUCAAAUUCUUAUAAACAAAGUGUCUACUGUCAAUCGGAAGCUCAUUAUGCGUUCGAACGAGGAUGUCAGCUGAUUCCAAUUCUCGUCGAAUCGAAUUAUAAACCUGAUGGGUGGCUGGGUAUUAUCGUCAGUGGUAAGAUAUACGUGGAUUUUGUUCGCACGCCGUUUCAAUCAGCAUAUGGCAGAUUGAAAAGCGAAAUCAAUGAACAAUCGCAUCGUCAGCAGUUGGAAAUAUCCAAUCAAUUCUCCGAAUCCUCGCAUAGUGUUACUCAUUCGAUCAUUGAUCUACCAACUUGUAUUACUCAAUGGACUCAUGAACAUGUCAAAUCAUUUUUUCAACAGAUCAAACUCGAACAUAGUAUCCUUCAUUUAUGUACAUAUAUGGACGGUCAUCGUCUUUUACAUUUGUACGAAAUGUGCCUUCUGAAUCGAGAAUCCAUGUAUCAAUCGUUGAAAUUUGAAUUAAAUGAAAGAUAUCGCAUAUUUCUAUCUGUUACUGAUUACAUAUCUUUCCUUGAUGAAAUCAAAUUUUAUGUUCCUUUCAUUUCUAAACUGGUUAAACCUACCCCAUCUACUUUUCUUUCGAUUACAUUAUGUAAUAUUUUGUAA